AAGAUGGGCAACGCGGCCACCGCCAAGAAGGGCAGCGAGCUGGAGAGCGUGAAGGAGUUCCUGGCCAAGGCCAAGGAAGAAUUUCUCAAGAAAUGGGAAGCCCCGGCGCAGAACACGGCCCAGCUGGACCACUUCGACCGCAUCAAGACCCUGGGCACGGGCUCGUUCGGGCGCGUGAUGCUGGUGAAACACAAGGAGACGGGCAACCACUUUGCCAUGAAAAUCCUGGACAAGCAGAAGGUGGUGAAGCUGAAGCAGAUCGAGCACACCCUGAACGAGAAGCGCAUCCUGCAGGCUGUCAACUUCCCCUUCCUCGUCCGGCUCGAGUAUUCGUUCAAGGACAACACCAACCUGUACAUGGUGAUGGAGUACGUGCUGGGCGGGGAGAUGUUCUCCCACCUGCGGCGCAUCGGCCGCUUCAGCGAGCCCCACGCACGCUUCUAUGCUGCCCAGAUCGUGCUGACCUUCGAGUAUCUGCACUCGCUGGACCUCAUCUACCGGGACCUGAAGCCCGAGAACCUCCUCAUCGACCAGCACGGCUACAUCCAGGUGACAGACUUUGGUUUUGCCAAGCGCGUCAAAGGCCGGACCUGGACCCUGUGCGGGACCCCCGAGUACCUGGCCCCCGAGAUCAUCCUGAGCAAGGGCUACAACAAGGCCGUGGACUGGUGGGCCCUGGGGGUGCUGAUCUACGAGAUGGCGGCGGGCUACCCCCCCUUCUUCGCUGACCAGCCUAUCCAGAUAUAUGAAAAGAUCGUUUCCGGCAAGGUUCGCUUCCCCUCUCACUUCAGCUCCGACCUGAAGGACCUGCUUCGCAACCUGCUCCAGGUGGACCUCACCAAGCGCUACGGAAACCUCAAGAACGGAGUCAACGACAUCAAGAACCACAAGUGGUUCUCCACCACCGACUGGAUCGCCAUCUACCAGAGGAAGGUGGAAGCCCCCUUCAUCCCGAAGUGCAAAGGCCCCGGCGACACGAGCAACUUCGAAGACUACGAGGAGGAAGACAUCCGAGUCUCCAUCACCGAGAAGUGCGCCAAGGCGUUCGCUGAGUUCUAGGCGUGGCCCCCUGGGGGUUUCCGUUGGGGGGCGGGGGGGGGGGGUUGGAUUGAGCAGCCUGAAGGCCCCAGAUUUCCUGGCAUAUUCUGGUCUCCCUAGGGAGAUCAGAAAGCUGAGGUGUUUGUAGGGCACGAGGGAGAUUCACAUACCAGAGGGCCCCCCUUCCCUCUCCUCCCCUAUCCCCACUGCUUUCCCCUGCUGGCUUACCCCAACAGGUAGACCCCGUGGCUGGGUUCCCUCUGCUCUAUGCCCAACUCCAUGCAAGUUGUAAGUCAGUUUUCCAGCCCAAGCCUUACCAUCAUCACCAAACCAAGAUGCAGCUUUUUUCCACCCCAGCUCCCUACCCUGGGUGGUAUAGUUGUCCCACAGGUCAGGCCCUUGCUUUGGGAACUCCUCAAGAUUCCAUUGGUGCUGGAUAGUUAGAGUAGGGGAGCCAGAGGGACCCCAAGUUGGAAACCCUACAAUUCCUAAGACUGCUGCAAUUCCCUAUUCUCCUUCAUCCUCUUCCUAACCUCUCCCUAUAACCUUAGAAGCUAAUCCAUGGACAAAAAGACAGGCAGACGUAACCAGUUCCCCCGCAGAGAGAGAUCUUGCCUAGGAAGAGGUUUUAGGAAAUUCAGUUCGAGCUCCUUUAUAUUAAAAAAAAAAUUUUUUUUUAAAUAUUAUUUAGGUUGUAUUUGCCCCUCCCUCCCUCAUUCCCUCCCACCAUCCCUACCUAGCUGUCUCAAAUAGAUUUUAAUGUGUCUGGAUUUGCCUAGGUUGAAGGCCGUGGAGCUUUUCACCUCUGGGAUCUCAGCAGAUGGUUUGAGCUAGGUCUAUGGCCUGUGGAAGGGGAUUUUUUGCUGCUGAUCUCAGCCAGGAGGGGGUUGUGAAAACAAUUGCUAGAGCCCCAUUGGGGGUAUCCUGCCAAAUUGGAAAGAGCCUUGCCUAUCCCCACUCCCCAACUCCCAAUGAUUUCCCUCCCUCAGGACCUUCCCCACUCCCCAGUCUUGCCUCCCUGAGGCUAGGGAGCAAGAAAGAGCGUUUCCCCACCCCCACCCCACCCCACCCAGGCUAACUGGUUUUUGAUCCCUGCCAAAGAGGUCUCCCAGAAAUUCCUGGGCCACGCCUACAAUUUAGCCAUUCUUAUCUAUAGAUUUUUUAAUCCCCAGACACUGAUUUUCCCACUGUCUGGGAUCGUCACUCCCCAGAAGCUUGUUGGAGGAUAUAGCCCACCCUGGGUGGGGAGAGGAGGAGGGAGUGGGGGGAAGGGGGAGCUGGGAGAAAGGGAACAGGAAGUGGCAUAGCUCUAAGGUAUAGAGCUUCCUUUUGCCCUGGGAAUGCCAAUUUUAUUCACCUGGUGGCCUUGCCACCUUUCCCCAUUCCCAGAAGCCCCCUCCAUCUGGCUUAACUGACAGUUAUCCAUCGCUCCUCUCACUAGCCCCCUGUUGAGGCUUCUGAAUUAUCCUAAUUGCUUCCCUUCUCUCUAGCAAAUAGCUCUAUGGAGAGUAGUCAUCUUCUCUCCAUCCCCCUUCGCUUGUGUGUCCCUCUCUCAAAUUUCCCCCACCCUUGGAGGAGCUCAGAGGCCAGACAGAGGGGUGGGGGAAUACCUGAGAGAUUCAACCUGUGUGAUUCCAAGACAUCUGUUUCACGGAAAUGACUUCCGCUAUAAUGGUGUGCUUUGUUGUGAACAUUAUUUGAAAUCCAUUACCAAUAAAGUUUUGUUUUAAA